AUACACUUAGGCAGCUGAGACCACAAAUGUCAUAACUAGUCAAUAGAGCGCCUUGAAAGCAGGCUCUUGCCUAAACGCACCCUUGAUCAAUGGCAGCUCCAAACAGGAAUACCAGCCCUCCUCACGACAUCCGAGAUUUCUCGGACCUAGAUGGCGCAAGCGGCACGGAAGAAGACGGCAUCCCGUAUACCACGUUCUGGAAGUUCUAUGGCAACGGCGACGCAUACUUCGCGCAGAUAUUCAAGACGAGGCUAGACAUCACCAUCGACGAGGUCCGAGACGCGAUGAAAAAGAUCCCGGAUCCUGAUAUCUACCCGGAGAUACCCGAAGAUGCCAACUUGAAGAUCGUCGAAGCAAGCGAUAUACCGAAUGCUGAAUUAUACAUCAAGAGGCCUUCUCUUACCACGUACGAAACCUCUUUCCCUCUCGAUGUAAUUCGCGAGAUAUACAUAGGCGAAGCGCAAAUAACGGAACUCCUAUCGCGCAUCCCGCACAAGAACAUAGUCCGAUACUACGGGUGUCAGGCGCGCGACGGCCGCAUCACAGGGAUCCUCCUGCAGCGACACAAGUACACCCUCUUGGAGUAUUUCCUCUGGGACCUGCAUAAAUCCAGCGCUGCGCUGGAUCCCCGACGCUUCAUGGCCGAGCUGGGAUCGGCGGUGGCACAUCUCCACGCCAACGGCCUUGCGCACAACGAUCUGAAGCCGAGCAAUAUCCUCCUCGACGGGGAUCACAUGCCCGUGGUGAUCGACUUCGGGUCGUGCCGCCCGUUCGGCGGGCGGUUGCUGGAAGGGGGCACGAAGGGAUGGUGCGAUGGCGAGAAGUUGAUGACGACUUCCGAUAAGGAGCAUGAUUUGUUCGGGUUGGCGAGGAUCGGGGAGUGGUUGGAGGACCCUGAUCGGCAGAUGAAUGGGUAAGUGGGUUAAGGCAGUCUACGUAUCGGAGCUCUCCCUCAGCUAGAUACAUACAUACGUAUGCAUUACAGCUAGCUA